CACACACACACACACACACACACACACACACACACACACACCACCGGGGCAUUAACACUGAAACUGGUCGCGGGGUUGUUUUUUUUUUUUUUUACCGGAAUGGCUCGCUGGGGAAUAUAUGGGAUUUUGAUGGGGCUCCUGAAGCUCGGAUCUUCUUGUCCUACAUCUUGUUCUUGUAACACCUCGAGGAUCGCGUGCGUCUCCCAGGACCCAGGAAUCGAGGAUUUUCCUAUCCUGGUGCCGGAGACCGACAUGGAAAACAUCACCGACAUGUAUAUCGCAAAUCAAAACGGACUUUAUGAACUCAAGAAGAACCACAUGAAGUUUUACACAAACCUCAGGAACUUAACAAUAAUCAACACUCAACUGAAGUAUAUAUCUAAAGCAGCCUUUGACUACAAUACCAAACUUCAGUAUUUGGAUCUCAGAGACAACAGACUGUCAACACUAUCAUGGACUGCCAUUCGCAAAACCAACGUUUCGACUCUGCUGCUGGUUGGAAAUCCACUUAAGUGUACAUGUGAAAACAUUUGGAUCAAGUUUAAGAUGGAUUUGAGUGAGCAAGAUCAGCUCCAGUGUCUGCAGGACAGGAGACUGAGGACCCUCUACAAGAUUACUGUCCCUUCAUGUGAAUCGCCACAGGUAGAGGUUGUCCCCCCUGUCGUUGACCAGAUGGCAGGAAGUGAUGCAAUAGUGGUGUGUAAUGCUUCCGGCUCUCCUGCCCCUGUGCUUUACUGGAAUUUGAACACCAGUGAAUAUACACCAUUUGCAACCAGCCAUGAGAUGAACACAGUUGACCUGCAGUCUAUGUUGAUACUGAGGAACCUCUCCCACAGUGACAAUGGCCGAACCAUCAUUUGCAGCGCUGAGAAUAUUGUGGGUCAAUCUGAGGAAUCUGUCAACCUCAAUAUCCUCUUUCCGCCGAUUAUCCUGGAACUGGAGACGCCCUCGCGCAGCCAGGAUUGGUGCAUCCCAUUCAGUGUGACUGGAAACCCCAAACCUGAGUUGCGCUGGUACCACAAGGGCAAACUCCUGGAGGAGAAGUACUACAUGAAGACUCAGAUCCAUGACUCAACCGAGAGUGAGUACCACGGCUGUCUGCAGCUUGAAAUCCCAACACACAUCCACAAUGGCGUCUACACACUGUUGGCCAGCAACGAGUACGGCAAAGACCAGAGGAACGUCACCGCUCACUUCAUGUUUACCCCUGACGUGGACCACUCUGGGACAGAGUUCUACUAUGACACAACUGACAUUCCAGAAAUCCCAGGAAGUCAAGAAGGCAAAGUGGCCGUUUAUGCUGUGGUAGGGAUCGCUGGGGUUGCGCUCACUGGGUGCAUCUUGAUGCUCAUCUUUCUAAAGUAUGGUCGAAGCUCAAAGUUUGGGCUGAAAGGGUCCUCCUCAGUAAUCAGCAAUGAUGACGACUCAGCCAGCCCACUCCACCAUGUCUCCAAUGGCAACAACACACCAUCCUCCUCCGAGAUGGGCCCAGACGCUGUCAUCAUCGGCAUGACCAAGAUCCCAGUCAUCGAGAACCCACAGUACUUCCGCAAUCCUGGCAGUGUGCUGAAAUCAGACACUUUUGUGCAACACAUCAAACGGCACAACAUAGUCCUGAAGAGAGAACUAGGAGAGGGAGCUUUCGGGAAAGUGUUCCUAGCUGAGUGCUAUAACUUGUCCCCAGACCAGGAGAAGAUUUUGGUAGCUGUCAAGACCCUGAAAGAGGCGAGUGAGAGCGGGCGGGCUGACUUCCACCGAGAGGCGGAGCUUCUGACCAACCUGCAGCAUGAGCACAUUGUCACAUUUUAUGGCGUGUGUGUGGAAAGCGAUCCCCUCAUCAUGGUGUUCGAGUACAUGAAGCAUGGAGAUCUCAACAAGUUCCUCAGGGCUCACGGUCCAGAUGCGAUUUUAGUAGCAGACGGGCAGCAGAGUUUGAUGAUGGAACUGACGCAGUCUCAGAUGCUGCACAUUGCUCAGCAGAUCGCAGCCGGCAUGGUGUAUCUGGCUUCGCAGCAUUUUGUUCAUAGAGACCUGGCAACACGCAACUGCCUGGUCGGGGAGAAUCUGCUCGUGAAGAUCGGAGACUUUGGCAUGUCCAGAGACGUCUACAGCACAGAUUACUACAGGGUGGGUGGUCACACCAUGCUGCCCAUCCGUUGGAUGCCUCCUGAGAGCAUCAUGUACCGGAGGUUCACCACAGAGAGCGACGUGUGGAGUUUGGGUGUGGUCCUGUGGGAGAUCUUCACCUACGGCAAGCAGCCCUGGUACCAGCUGUCCAACAACGAGGUGAUCGAGUGUAUCACACAGGGCAGGGUUCUGCAGAGGCCUCGCACCUGCCCCAAAGAGGUGUAUGACCUGAUGAUGGGCUGCUGGCAGCGUGAACCGUACAUGAGACUCAACAUUAAAGAGAUUCACAAUCUGCUCCAGAGCCUGGCCAAGGCUUCACCUGUUUAUCUGGACAUCCUGGGCUGAAUGUCUGUGUGUAUAUGAGUGUGUGUGUGUGUGUGUGUGUGUGUGUGUUUAUGUGUGAGCAAAAAAUUGGGCUUAAAUGUUCUUGCUUGUGCUUCUGCCUCUUUAUCACAUAGACUACAGGCCCUAAAGUUGAUCACGUACAUUUCUGCAAAUUUUUUUUUGCUGUUCUUGUUGGGACAUCCGUAUCCUCCCCGCUUCAAAUUGUACUACUUUUGAGUUGUUCGGGUUUCGACGGUGAAGGCUGCGGAGGGAAAUCAGGCCGAUCGGUGUAAAUACUCCUGGAUGUUUUAGGAGGCUUUUUGUUUUUCUUCAUCGCAGUGACUGGAGGAACGUCCAGCCGAAGUACAAGCAAAACUAAAAGCAAAAAGCAAAAAAAAAAAACGAUUUAAACAGUAAAGGCUUACGCUUAAUUGUCAGAGAUGAUACACAUUUGUGAAAAAUGGACAGUUUAGAAAAAAGGGAAUUCUUUUUUUUUUUUUUUCUGGACUUGUUCUCAUCCGGUCCUUUGUUGCCACCGUGGUGCCAUUCCUUUUUUUUAUUUACACUUCCCGAAAAAAUGGAGAAUUCUUAAUUUAGAGUCAUGAACGGCUCGUUUAUUAGCACAACUUUGUCACUGUUCUGGCUUUGAGCACAGACUGCAAUGCAACUGCGUGAGAUGGAAAACCACCAGAAUGUUUUCAAAAUGAAGAGUGAUGGAACGAAGGUUUUGGGUUUUUGAAGCACAGUGGAAAGAAACGGUGAAAAUUCUGGUCGCCGUGAAGCAGUUGUGCAGAUGUCAGGACAGCUGUUAGCUCAUCUGAUUGGUCAGUUUUUUUUUCUGUGGGGUUUCAGUGAGAGCACAGUGGCAAAAAGUCACCAGCAGCGGAACUCCGUCUGGACGGUGAACGGAAUCGCUGAAUCGCAGGGCCGUUUUCUUUUGCUCGGCUCAAUCAAUGUGAUCGUCUCGGUCCUGUGCAAUGACACGGCGAGAGGAUAUUCAGUGGCGUGAAGCAGCCACGUUUUUAUAUCCUCUGGUGUUUUUUUGCGUUUGAUAUUUCAGGAGGUCAAAGUGAGUUUUCUAUGAAUGACGGAAAUGUCGAAUGGAUACAAGAAGGCGGAUUUUAUUUGCACUUAUGAUUAUAAGCCGAAAUCAUAAAUAACGAAUUCUCGUUUUUUUUUAAGAUCUGUUACUUACUAUGAGAGAAAAAAAAAACUGCUUUAAAUAUCCUUUGCUGUUUUUAUUUUCUUUUGUGUGUGUAAAAUGUAAAAGUUGGCUAUUUGAAAGCCUUGGAUUUUGGUGGGCACUGUGAUGUGAUACGAGCUGGCCUUCCCUGAGGUCAUCACCAGGAGAUAAAGACCCUAUGAAGGGAGCCAGGAUUCAGUGUGUACGUAUGUGUGUGUGUGUGUGUGUGUGUGUGUGUGGUUGAGUCUCACCUGCUUUGUGAAAAGAAGACCAGAUUUCCAGGAAGACUUACUGACCCUGCUACACCCAUCAAAACGUACAAUUUCAUUGGUUCGUUCCAGAUGAAACCCCGCCUCCUCCUCAUCUUUCUGGUUCUAGUUUAUUAAGUCAGAGUAAGUCUUCCUGUACACACACGUCUUCUCGCUAAUCGGUGGACGUCCUCACUUCUCGCGAUCUGUGCAAUCAAAAAUGUAAAUGCUCAUCAUCUACAUUUACUGUCCUUCGUACUCUGAUGUCGAAACUCUUUCUAGAGGAUUAAAAACUGGAAUAAUUUUUUUUCCCAAGAGUCAAAAAAAAAAAAGAAAAACACAGAAAUAGACUUUUUUUCCUUUGAUAAUUAGACAAAUUAUAUGAAUAAUAACAAUAACAAUCAUUUGAAAAUGAAUAUUAUUAUUUAUAAUAAUACUAUUUAUUAUAGACUUCUUCAUUUUCAUUUCAUACCUAAAAUUAUAAUUGUUUUGGUUGAAUCUGAAUAGGAUCUGACAAAAUUUGGAUUUAUCAAAAAUUAAAUAGAUAAUAAUAAUAAUUGCAAAGAAAAUAGAAAAAUAUUCAAGAACUAUAUCUGUUCUGAAUUUUAGAAGCGAGAAAGAGAUUUUUCCCCCUUUGAUAAUCAGCUAGAUUCUAUGAAUAAUAAAUGUAAAAUGAAUAUUAUUAUUUAUAAUAAUAAUAUUAAUUAAUAUAGACUUCUUUAUUUUCAUUUUAUACCUGAAAUGUUUUUUUUUUUACAUCUGGGUUGGAUCUGGCGCUAAAUUUGGAUUUAUUUAAAAUUAUUUAAAAUUCCAAAGAAAAUAGAAAUAUAUUCCAGAACUAUAUUUAGUCCGAAUUUUUAAAACAUUGUAUUUAUUUAUUUAUAUUAAAAUGACCUGAAAAGUAAUAUAAUGUACUGUUCAUAUAAUACACAUACAGUAUCCGUCUGCUCUCAACAGCCAGCCUGUAUUUCAUUAACCCAUGCUGUACAGAUCAAAUCUUUGUGUAUAUGAAUAGUAUGAUUUUAUAUAUAUAUAUAUAUAUAUAUAUAUAUAUAUAUAUAUAUAUAUAUAUAUAUAUAUAUAUAUAUUCUGUUCAAGAAGUAAUGUCAACCAUGUGACACUGAUUCAAAAAGGGGCCACAGGUGUGUAAAUACAGAUUAUUUUGUCUGACAAAAUGUACUGUACAAAAACUUCACAGUAUCAGUGAGGAUUGCAUCAUUGGUUGAUUUUUUUGUAUUUAUUUAUUUAUUUUUCCAUUUGCUCUUUUUUACCUUGUGAUGAUGUGUAUGAACAGAGGUUGCCAUGGUGACCAGCAUCCUCCAUGUCCAGGUUAAUUUCAUUCUCUUUGUCGUCCCUACCUCCUAUAUAUAUAUAUAUAUAUAUAUAUAUAUAUAUAUAUAUAUAUAUAUAUAUAUAUAUAUAUAUAUAUGGGGUUGUUUUUGUUUUUCAAAUGAAACCGGCACUUCAAUUUCUUUUCUUUUUUCGGAACCCACCUUUAAUUUGGGCUUCUAAUUUCCUCUGGUUUCAUAUUUUACAAAACCGAAUUAUGAAAAUUUGCUAUUUUUUAUUUCAGAGAAAUCUUUUUAACAAUGACUGUGUGUUUCAGAGCGAGUAAGUGUGUACGUCCUGGUGCAAAAACAAACAAACAAAACAAAACAAAACAAAAAUGUGCAUAGUAUGUGCAUGUAUGAGAGCAUUCGAAUGAUUCGGUUUCUUUUGCUCCUGGCAGAUUCAGUCUCACUGCUUCGACUCGAUCAGUAUUCUCUACGCUUUGUGCAUCCUGAGAGCAGCUUCCCUGCAGUCAGUGAAAAUGUUCCUUGUACUUCUGUGCAUUUAAUAAAAGUGGUAUGUCUUA